AUGGCGCAGUACUUCCUCGACCUCGUCUAUACCCUCACCAGCUGUAUGAGCUGCUUCCCCACCCCCGCUCUCGUCAUCAACCACCGUUCCUUCAAAAUCCUCCGUCUUCUCGGUGAGGGAGGUUUCUCAUACGUUUACCUGGUCCAAGACACCUCCGGCACCCUCUACGCCCUCAAAAAGAUCCGCUGUCCAUUCGGUCAAGAAUCUCUAACCCGCGCUACCUCCGAAAUCGAAUCCUACAAACUCUUCCCACCUUCACCUCUUCUGAUCCCACUGAUCGACUCCACAAUAAUCACCGAACGAAGGGAUGACUCCAAAACCGCGUAUAUCCUACUUCCAUAUUACCGACGUGGUAACCUUCAAGAUCUAAUAAAUGCAAACUUGGUGGAUAAGAAAUGGUUCCCUGAAAAACAGGUUUUGGAGUUAUUUUUGGGUGUUUGUGAGGGAUUGGCGUUGAUUCAUGGGCAUAAAGUUACGCCUACUGGUUCUUCUUCGACUUCUUCUUCUGCGAAUGCUGCUGGCGCUCGGAACCGUGCUGGCGCUGAUGAUGAAGAGGAAGGUGUGGCGCUUAUGGAAGAAUCGCGUGAUAUAUCCGGUGGAGCACAUUCCGGUGAACUCCGGUCGUUUGCCCACCGUGAUAUCAAACCAGGAAACGUCAUGAUCUCAGACGACGGUGUAACCCCCGUUUUAAUGGACUUUGGCUCCAUAGCACCCUCUCCGAUCCACGUAUCCUCCCGCUCUCUGGCCAUCCAAAUCCAAGACGAAGCAGCCGAACACUCCACGAUGUCCUACCGAGCGCCCGAGUUGUUCGACGUCAAAACCGACAGUAUUAUUGAUACAAAAGUCGAUAUCUGGAGUAUGGGAUGUUUAUUAUAUGCGUUAAUGUACCACCAUUCACCGUUUGAAUUGUCGACGGAACUCGGAGGUGGUAGUUUGGCAUUAGCAAUCGCGAGCGGGGAUUGGAAGUUCCCUGGCGCGGGACAAAUGGGGGCUAGAGUUGAGGGAGAUGUGGGAGAUAAGACGAAGGAUGUUGUUAGGAAGUGUUUGGCGAUUGAGCCGGAUGCUCGUCCGGAUAUUAGGGAGUUGAUUGGGGUUGUUAAAGAGGCUAUUAACGUUUUGUGA